AUGCCAUUCUUUGGCUGGAUGAAAUGGCCAAAAAGUUAUUCUUACAAAAGUGGACAAUACCCUGGCUCGGAAGUUGUGACAAAUACACUUCUGAGAGAACUAAAAUGGCAUUUGAAAGAACGUGAACGGCUGAUACAGGAGAUUGAAAGUGGACACAAAAUUCAAAAACCUGAAAGUGAUUACAACGGAAUAAGGAGCUACCAAAACCUUCAAAUAACUAUCCCAGCUACUGAACAACGACAGCUUGAAAUUCUUUGCUCUCAAAUCCAACCAUGUCAAACUGGAAUCAUACUCAGCAGAUUUCGAGAGGCUCUAGCAGAAAAUGAUGUUUUACCCUGGGAAAUUGUUUAUUUAUUCAAACAAGUUUUAAAAGAGUUCCUUACUAAUCUUGAGAAAGAAGCUCAGCAAGAUCAACUGGCUGAUGCUUGGAAUACAAAUUGUUCCAGCCAAUUUGCAGCAUCCAACACUAACUCCAGGAAAACGGACAAAGAAGAAAUCCCCACUGUAUCCAGCUAUGUUGACAAAAAUACACAAGGCAUCCUUCCAACAUUCUCCCACAGAAUCUGGAAUCUUCCCUAUUACUACCCAUCAAGUUAA